UUCUCCUACAGAUAGCUUGGGCUCUUAGAAUGUUCAGCUUUUGUCUCUUGGAGCUUGCUGGAUUCUCCACUACAGAUGAUCUCAUAUUGUCAGGAAGGCAGCAGGUUGGCACUUUGAAGGGGUGAACAUGGAAGAAAAUACAGAGGGCCAUGGUCUUGCAGAGGGCAAGAGUUUGUUUAUCUGGACAAUUUUGUUUGUGGUGUUAGUUUUGCUGCCUUCAGUAUUUCGAGUGUCACUGGGGUUUGCUCAUUUCUAUGUGAAAAUUCUAAUAACAAUGUUUGAGUGGGCCACCCUGCAGAUUGAGGAGGGAGUAAAAAAGCAGAAGGCGAUGGCACUUGAAAAUUUAAUCUCCACUGGGAUCAUCCAGAGAGAGAAAACCUCCAUGGAAGAGGAGCUUGCGGGCCAGCGUGGAGGGCGCUUCAACCUUGCUGAUGUUAUGUACUUCUUCAAGAAAGGGUGUGAGGCAGUUGCAGAAGAUGAAGUCACCCAGCGGUUCUCCUCUGAGGAACUGGUGUCCUGGAAUCUCCUCAGCAGAACCAAUGCUAACUUGCACCAUGUCAGCUGGCAACUGACUGCUGUGUGGGUCAUUGGGAUCCUAAUUCGGUAUUGCCUCCUGAUGCCUUUUCGCAUCUGCUUGGCUGUUUUCACCAUCCUUUUGCUAAUAUCAGCCACUACGGUAGUAGGACAGUUUCCUAAUGGGAGAGUUAAACACUGGCUGGCCAACCAGGUUCAGAUGAUAUGUGCCACAUUAGGUGUCCGAUGCCUGAGUGGCCUUGUUCAUUUCCACAACAGAGAAAACCGACCACAGGAAGGCGGCAUCUGUGUAGCCAACCACACAUCUCCAUUAGAUGUUCUAAUCCUGGCCAGUGAUGGAUGCUAUUCCUUGGUUGGCCAGACACAUGGAGGGUUUUUGGGACUUAUUCAAAAAUCUUGCAUGCAAGCUGCUCAGCACGUUUUGUUUGAACGCUCAGAAAUGAAAGACCGUCAUCUGGUGAGGAAAAAAAUUAGAGAACACAUUGCAGAUAAGGCCAAAUUACCCAUUUUAAUUUUCCCAGAAGGUACCUGCAUAAACAACACAUCAGUAAUGAUGUUUAAGAAGGGAAGCUUUGAGCUAGGAGGAACCAUCCAUCCGGUAGCAAUCAAGUAUGACCCCCGCUUUGGAGAUGCAUUCUGGAACAGCACAAAGCAUUCCGUGCUGACCUAUGGUUUUAAUAUGCUUAGCAGCUGGGCUAUGGUCUGCAAUGUGUGGUAUCUGCCACCAAUGGUCAAAGAGGAAGAAGAAGAUGCUGUUCACUUUGCCAACAGAGUCAAGGCUGUUAUUGCUGCUCGGGCAGGAAUGUCUGUUCUUCCUUGGGAUGGGGGGCUGAAAAGGAAAAAGGUCAAAGAGUCUUUCAAGGAAGAGCAACAGAAAAAAUACUGCCAGUUGGUAAUAGAAAAUGGAUCUGUGGGAAAUGGAAAUGUUUGUUAAAUGGUAUUUAUUUUAUUUCCUUUCUUAAAUUACUUAAUCUCUACCAGAAAAUGGGCAAUUUUUUACAUUAAACCUGACAUGUUCUCUUUCUGUCCCUGUAAGAUACUUUGCAAAUGACACAGCAAGGAAAACAUAAAGAGCUAAUAUUUUGUAUUAAACAAAGAUAUCAUUUAUGUAAGUAGGAAGAUUUACAGUAUACUAGUAAAAUUCUCACUGAUGUUGAAUGAGAAGAAUCUGGAAUAAGUUAUGAGGUUCAUUAAGCCACCUUUUAAAAAUCUUUGCAUUACACUGAAGUGUACUAAAUAGUAACUUCUGAACUUGUAAUUAAACCCCUCUGUACCUGGAUUGGUGGUUUUCCUGGGAGCCACAGUCAAUGUUGUGCUGUAGAGGCAGCUCUCCAGAUUUUAGAAGAUAUUAGGAUAUUAAGCAGCUCACCAAAAUAUGUUUUCCAAAUUGCAAGUUGAAAAGAAGUGUUGGAUGUCAGAGGGAAAGAGGCAGUCACUGACAUCACCCUCCAUGUCACGGGGAUGGAAGCUGUUUUGGAACUGGUGGUUGCCUACGACAGUGGACAAGAUGUGUUAGAGAGACCCUCCAACACAGGAGGUUCAAGAAGGACCCCCUUGCUUUCCACCUGAUCCUCAGAUACUAGAGGGGCUAGGUGCAUCUGGAUUCAAUCCUAGUCAACAGCUUACGUCUGAAAGGAGUGUGUAGUGCUUGCAUCUCCAUAUCUAAAUCUGUCCUGCACGCCAAUCAGUUUUACUGCCAUGUUGCAAAGGGGGUGUCCUCAAACCCUUUACUUUUGACCAGCCUGACAGUUUCCUAAGAAAGUUGGGACUCUUGUGUCUGACCAGCCCAUCCUGUGUCUCAUUAUGGGGACCCCACUUUACAGCCCACCACAUUGGAGCAUGAUUUGACCAACUUGUUCAGAGACCUGCACUGACAGCGUUCUCCAGUUAAAUCCUUUAUUACAAUUAUUCAAGUCUCUGGAGACUCAUACAAAAAGGACUUCAGCUGGAGAUUUAUACAAAACACAAGCUUGUGACAAGAUAAGGUUCAGAGAUUGCUGGUGAUAAGAUACUGUCUGCAGAAACAAGUUUGAAGUGAUACACAACCAGACUACAAUUACUACCUAGCAUAAGUUAUUCAGUAUGCAUAAUAUAAAGUUCUUGCCUAAGAGGUGUUCCUGUGGCGGAGAAGACAGGUUCAGCCCGUCAACGGAUCCCAGAGGUUACAAUGGAGUCUUCUCCAACUCCUCCCCUUUCUAUACUUUUAUACUUCACUUUCAUGUGGAGUUUGAGUGACUGUAGUAAUCCAUUCUUUUAUUAUUGAUUGGUGUAAAAUUCUCUCACUUUUAAAGAUGCAGCCAAUGAAAUAUAUAAAGUGUGUGCUCAGAGAGGGGUGGUCAUACCUUGGAGGCGGGUAACUUUGGGGUGGAGGUGUGCAUUACUAUUUACAACAACAUUACAAUGAGCAAGGUUCACUUAAGGAAAGUGAUUUCACCAUAGUUGCUGGCUCAGCAACAGACAUCUCUUAUAUUUCCCAUUUGACAACUGUUACAUGGCUUAUAAGCUGUGUGUACCAUCCAGGCAGAUUGUCUUGCCUAGGGAACCAUGGUGGAGCAGAUUCUGUGCAUGCCAGGCAUCCUGAAAGAGGCAACUGUAUUUCACCAAAAAAAGGUUUCUGUAAUACUACAAGUUCUGCCAGAUCCCAGUUUUCCCUUCUCCCUCCCCCUGCACUGAUUUUCACACAGACUUUCCAGGGUCCCACUAACAAACAGCAGAACAGCAUCCCUGAUGCCUAUGUGUGUGACAGUGGGAUAAACUAGUUGCAGCCAAGGACAAUAUCAUAGCAAAAUACAUCUUAUCUUUUAUACUGUGUCUUCUUAUUUUGCUGUAUUCCUUACUGUGUCUGUUUGUAUGCAUUACGCAAAUUAAAGAAAACCUGUGACCUUACCUCUGUUAUCCUCUGUUGUAAUUAUUUCUGGAUAAUUGGUGCCAAGUUAUAGGCUUGGAUGGAAGAGAAUGAAUAUUUCAGUGGAUCAGGCACUCAAACAGCCAAGCCCAAACUUAAAAAAACCCCAGUCUGUCAGUGUAAGUAAUACUUUUUUGGCUUAUUUAUUUAUUCAUUUUCUAUCUGUGGGAAAUACACACAAGUUGUAUCACCAUCUUAGAGAAGCCUGCGUCUCUGCUUCAAGAGGACAAACCUCCUCUACUCUUCAUCACUUAAUGUGUCUUCCUUUCAGAUCCUUACCCUGUGGAUCUUGCACUUCUAAUUGACUGGGUAGCCUCUUCUCCAAAUAAAAUAUGAGGGCCUUCUGAUAUGGCUAAUCAGUGUAGGGGAGACCUACACUGUAAAGCACAGCUUUGCUUUGUAACUUGGUGCUGCUUUCUGAUACCUACAUAUGAAUCAUCUAAGUGAUGUUAACUGUUGCUGGAGUCCUUAAUUCUCUUGACACCAAAUGUCUUUUUCUACAGCUAUGUCUUAUUUGGGAAUGUCUGAAAUGCUCUUCUCUCUCCAACUUCUGCUUACCUGCUUUACGUUAUUGGGACACCCUUCUUUUUCUUGACUCGCUGUUGUUUUUAAGAUGCAUUUCAAUAAUGCGAUCUACAUGCAGGACGAGAAAUGUGAGCAGCAUGCCAUCUAGUGGUUGCGAUCUCUCCCUUGCUCAGUUGCCUGAUUCCGGGGAAUUAAUCUUUCAUUUCUCCUACAUUUCCAGGAAAACACGAAUACAUAGAAAUAACGCUGUAUAUCCCAAACACAGGAUCUUUGAUUAUCAGUCAUGGUGUACCACCAGCAAAGCAUGUGCUUGUUCUAAGUUUUGGCAGCCUGGGCUCUGUGCAGUUUCCCUAGGCUGUUUCUUCCCUAUGAUAAAUCUAAAUCAGAAAUGCUUCUGUC